GAUGUAAGGAAGUUGAGGGCAGUUGUUCGCAUCCAACAGCAACGACACUGCAGGGAGAAAUCCAGCCACACAGACUGAAGCAAAAGUUUCUUCCACAGACAGCAGAGCAGGAGCUGUAAGGGAAACUCAAUUCGCUGCCUCGCAGGUUCGGUUCAACUGUGGGACCUUCAAUCACGCUGGCUCUCCCCGACUCUCCUUCACAGUGAAGUUAGUGCAGAGCCGCGGCCGUUUCCGAGCUGCGACCUCAAGCCGAGCGCCAUAACUGCAUUCACGUGGGACCCGCCUCGGCUCGCCUCGCGAACGCUUGAGUUGGGAUCCCCCAUCGCCUUUUAGCCUCGACGCUUAAGUUACGAUUAUUUACAAGUGAUUUGGCCUGCCCCAAAUCUAUACCUGCUCGACGCAGCUUCCGGUUUUCGUUUCUAAGUUGGCAAUAAUACGGCCGCAACUGACGGCGCUGCGUCAGCAGCUCAUUCACGUGCGUGAACUUUCCCACGAAGCUUCGUCGGACAAACUAACGCGAAGGAGACAAACGUCAAGAAACAAAGGCUCUUUGCGACGAAGGCCCUAACGCGCCGCGGGAAAUCUAGUCCCCUCUUCACCUCUUCACGAGGCUGGGCCAAUCGGCAUCAUCGGGAAACGACGGACUUCGGCCAUUUUCCUCUACUUCCAACGCGACGAAGCACAGCUUGUGCGUCUUGGAAGUCGAAAUCGAAGCGAGAAACCCGGCGCGAAUCUCUCCUGGCAUCUGCCACCCCCAUCUGCUGCCCCCGCAUCCCCCGCAUCGGCGCGAAUCUCUCCUAGCAUCUGAGCGCAAGUUUUGAGGCGCCUCAAAACUACUCUCCUUGCACCUGAGCGCAAAUGUCGCCGCUCGCUGCGUCGUCGUCCCUCUACCCCCCGCAUCAUCCGUUCCUGGCGGCGCUAUCUGCGGCCGAUCCCAUGGACCGGCCGAGCAAGCGAGCAAAGACCUCCCAAGCAGCCAGCGCCGCGGCGGCCGAGCCGCGCCGCAGCUGGGGCGCGGUUCCCGGCCUGCGCCACGCGGAGCGCACGAGCCUUGGGCCCCGCGCGCACAAGGUUGUCGGCCGCGCCAAUGGGGGGAACGAAGACGCUUGCGCACCGCCGCUUCCUUCCGCCUCUUGCCACAUCGACCGCCUUCCUGACGAGCUCGUCGCGACCAUAUUGCGCGUCGUCUACAAGAAGGCGCAAUCGCUCACCGACAUCAUGAGCCUUCUGCUGACAUGCCGGCGCUUCUACGACAUUUGCCGGCCCGCGUCGCACUGGUCGCUGCUCGCGUCGGCAUCCGUCGAGUCGCUGCUGCCGACGGACGCAGCGCGGUGGACUUCCGCGGUGCAGCGAUUCUUGCUGAGCGCCGCGGCAGAGGGAAAUAUCGAGGCGAUUUAUAUCGCGGGCAUGAUCUCCUUUUACUGUAUCGGAAAUCACUGGGCGGGCGCGCGCCUGCUCGCACAAGCGGCGGAGUGCGGACACGGCCCCGCGACCUAUUCCCUCGCUAUAAUCAACUUUCACGGGAGUGGCGGAACCGCGCGGGACACGAAUCCGCAAGCGGGAGUGGAUCUGUGCUGGCGGGCGGCGAAGUUGGGUUUCAUGCCCGCGUUACAAGAACUCGGGCACUGCUUUGUGGAUGGUUAUGGUGUCUCCCAGCGUGUUUCCCUGGGCAAGCUUCUGCUGCAGCACGCAGCAGCAGCCAUGGAAGCCGGCUCGAGUAGCUGCCGCUGCGGCAGCUGCCCGCUCUCUCCCUCCUCUCCUUCUCCUAGGCCCUUCGCCCUCCCAUGUGCCACUGCCGCUCCUCCGCACUCACCUGCCGCUGCAUCGCCAGCGCCCUCAGCAGCAGUGGCAGCAGCACCACCAACAUCAGCUGUAGCACAAGCUGUAGCAACUGGGACACAGGCGGCAGCAGAAUCAGCCACAGAAGCACGAGGAGCAGCAGCGGCAGAGCAAGGAACACUAGCGGCGGCAGGCAUUGAAGAAUCAGCCACAGCCGCAGCAGCAGCUCCAGAAGGCGUUACAGGUACUCAGCAGUCAGGCAAGAAGGCUCUGGAAGCUUGGAAGAGUAGGCGCUUUGGCCGGUCUUCCUCCUGGCCUCCCAGUGGGGAGAAGAGCAGCAAGGUGGUGCACAGACGCAGCGGCGCUCCUAUAAGUGCUGCUGCUAACGUGGGGGCUCCGUGUAAUACUUACCUAAGUGCAGGGUUGGAGGAGGAGGGGAGUGAGAUGGUGCAGAGAGGAAAUAAUGGGAUGUGGCUGAGGGAAACCAGAUUGGGUAGCGUGGAGGAGGAGGCUGGUAACCAGCACCAUGGUUACAGCCAAGGUACUGUCCAGCUACAAAGCGUAGGUGGAAUCCGUCAGCAUCAGGGGCUGAGCCAACUUGUGCUGUCGCUAUUGGAAUCCCAGCAGCAGCAGCGGGAGGCGAUCGAAAACGACGAGCAGCAGCAUGAUCGGCUGCAGCCACCGCAGCAGCAGCAGCAGCAGCAGCAGGAGCAGAGGCUGCAGAAUUUAGGCCUAGAUCUGAACCGAGAGGUAGAGCCCGUGGUGGACGGCAGACAGGGCACCGCGUCUGGUUGGAGGGAGCCGAGUCAGCCUAGCUUGAACCUGACUCUUGCCCCUCCGAGGGAUACUCUGUAUGAGCUGUUUGGCGGGGAGAAGCCCCAAGGUUGGAGUGUUCUGGAGUCAAGCGAGGAGGAGGAAGAGGAGGGGGAGGAUGCAGGGGAGGAGGAGGGGGAGGAGGAAGUGGAGGAGGAUUUAGAGUGUGGUGAGGAGGAGGAUGAGAAGAAGGGCACACAGGAAGCCUUGUCACGUGACCAAGACCCCCGUCUCUCCCAUAGGCAGCACCCCCAGCCCCAACAUCUGCCUCCUAACGCAACCCUCCAUGGUAGUAACGCCCAUCUCACCCAGUUACUACUCUCCUCCCUCCUCACUUACACUCACUCCCACACUCACUGUCCGCUUUCUCUCCAGCUCGCCUUCCCCCGCCCCUCCGCUCCCCACCGCAUCCACUCGUUUCUCGCCACCUGGCACGCCAUCCGCCCGCUCCCCUCCGGCCGCCGCUGCUGCGGAAGCCCAGCCUGUGGCAGGCCUGAGACCAGGGUUGGGGAGUUCCGAACCUGCGUCAGGUGCGGCCGAGCCAAGUACUGCAGUCGAAGCUGCCAGGUGGCGGACUGGAAGUUCCGGCAUUCUUUUAUCUGCUGCCCCGAGUGAAGGCAUUGGGUCCAGAGUAGAACAAACCCGUAAGGGUAAUAUACUACAGGGGAUAAUUGUAUGGUGUAAUUGUUGUACUCUUGUCAUGAAAAAGGAAUUGUUGUCCAUUAUGGAACAAUAUACUGGCACAUUUGUA